CGGAAAACCAGUCCCCUGAAGGCAAAGUUACUUCUGCACAAUGCGUCUGGUUCUCCUUCCUCUGUCCCUCUGCUUGCUGUUGCUCUGCUAUGGCAGUGACGGCGCGCGGUUCCACAUCGACGGUAAAGACUUACUAGUACUGCAGCAACAGGGCACGUGGGAGCAGAUGAGCAUCGCCUGCCGCAGGGAAGGCGCUCACUUGCUGAAGAUAGAUAGCGCAGAUUUGAUGCACACCCUUGUUUACGAGCUGAAGCGGAACGCCUUCGACAACAAAAACUACUGGAUCGGCGCUACAGAGGUCGGCCACGAGAGUAUCUUCCGCUGGCAGGACGGAACAAAGGUCAAGAUGGGAACGCCGUUCUGGGGCAUCCACCUCGGGGCCCAGGAACCCAAUGGGGGGAACCUGGAGACGUGUGUGUUUAUGGAUAAGAACAACUUCAUGUACUGGGCUGACGCACUUUGCACUGACAUUUGCUCGGCGAUCUGCGAGUUCCCGAGGCGUGAAGAUCAAUUCUGUGCAAAAUAAUAUACAAAUUAAGUAAUUGUAUCCAUCGCCCUUAUAAACAGCUGUGUUAGAUGAUCUUGUUUCACUCUUCCCGCCAGGUAUCAGUCAUUAAGGAGAGAUAAAUACUUCUCGUUUAAUACUUUUAUUUCCUAUUAUUUUAUCUACUCAUUCUGUCUCUAUGUAAUUCUUAUGUUCAGCCUUUCUUUUACAUUCAAUACCCCUAUUUUCACGUUUCAUUCCUGAACGAUCAAGAUGUACUAGAUAGAAAACAACACAACCAUAAUAAAGAGUUUGUCAGA